CAGGGAAGUGAACAGCACUUCCUAUUUCCACAGUUACUGCUGUUCUCCGUCCAGACCAGAUACCGAGAGGAUGAAAACGAAAGGAACGUUUUUGACGUGUGGUUCACAUAUGAACACGAGCAGUUAAUGACUUGGAUCUAGUUCUCACAAUGGGAGCAACGCGCUGAUUCAAACGGAGGGACUUUUGCGCUUCUGAAAGUUUUAUAUGUUUGUGGAUGAAGAAGAAUCAAGAUGAAGAAACAGUUUAACCGCAUGAAACAGCUCGCCAACCAGACUGUUGGAAGAGCAGAGAAGACAGAAGUACUGAGUGAUGACCUUCUUCAGAUUGAGCGGCGACUGGAAACAAUGCGAUUGGUCUUUCACAAUGCACACAAAAGGAUGGUCACAUGUCUACAGGGCAGUCUGGGCACAGAUGUGGAAAAGAGACAUAAAAAGCUUCCUCUUACGGCCCUCUCACAAUCCAUGCUGGAAGGAGGAAUUCAGCUAGGAGACGAGUCUCUCAUUGGAAAGAUGAUGGAAGUUUGCGGAGAGGCUGAAAGCAAGCUGGCCUACGAGCAGAGCCAACAUGAGGUCCAGCUGGAGAGAGACGUUCUAGACCCUCUCAGUCAGCUAGCAGAGGUGGACGUUCCUAAUCUCCUGAAGCACAGAAAGAAUUUAGCCAAGCUUGUGUUGGAUUAUGAUUCUGCAAAAGCCAGGUAUUACCAGGCCGCAAAGGUGUUCCCUUCGGCCACAAAUGCUCAAGCGAUGGCUGCCAAAGUUGACACACUUAAGGAAGAGAUGGACGACGCCCAGAUCAAAAUGGAAAUAUGCAAGGAUCAACUGGCGGCAGACAUGUACAUCUUUUCCUCCAAGGAAGGAGAAUAUGCUUGCUAUUAUGUCUUGUUAUUAGAAGCACAAGCUGAAUACCAUAGAAGAGCUUUGGCUUCCAUCGAAAGCAUCCUGCCCACCAUACAGUCCCAGCAAGAUAAAUGGACAGAGAAGCCAGCGUUUGGCACCUUUCUAGAGGAACAUCUGAAACGCACUAGCAGAGAGAUCGCUUUGCCCUUAGAGGCCUGUAUCAUGAUGCUUCUGGAGACCGGCAUGCAGGAAGAGGGUUUGUUCCGUAUCGCUGCUGGGGCCUCCAAACUCAAGAAGCUAAAGGCGGCACUGGACUGUUCCACCUCCCAGUUGGAGGAGUUUUAUUCUGACCCUCACGCUGUAGCCGGAGCCCUGAAAUCGUACCUGCGAGAGCUGCCUGAACCUCUGAUGAGCUACCAGCUGUAUGACGAGUGGAUCAACGCCUCAAGUAUUUCUGACCCCGAUAAAAGACUUCAGGCUCUGUGGGUUGUAUGUGACAUGUUACCAAAGGCCAACAAGACCAAUUUUAGGUACUUAGUGAAGUUUCUUGCCAAGCUUGCUCAGGAAAGUGAUAUCAAUAAGAUGACAGCGAGUAACAUUGCCAUCGUACUGGGACCCAAUUUACUGUGGGCCAAGACAGAGGGGUCCCUUGCUGAGAUGGCAGCUACUACCUCUGUCCAUGUAGUAUCUAUAAUUGAGCUGAUAAUUCAACAUGCAAGCUGGUUCUUCCCUGAAGACAUGGACUUCAAUGUUUCAGGAAUGUUUGCCUUGCCUGGGUGUCCGGGUACCUCUGAUUCUGAAGCCGGAUCUAUAGACAGAAGGCGCCCAGGCAGCCAGGGGUCACUAGAAUCUGACAUCUCCCGCAAAGACAGCUCUGCUAACAAACACCCGGAACACGCCAUUCGUAGAGUUGGCACAAUAAAUAAAAAGCAGCACUCCAUUCCUAACUUCCAGCCCCCUCUCCCGCCCAUUGAUGCUGGGGUGGCUCCCGUGUUUGAGCCCUCCCCUCUGUCACCCACCGGUGGGGGUAUGGAGGCUGGACAGGGGGGAAUUGUGGUGAAUCAGGCCCAGCAGCCUUUAGCUCAGAAGAACCCUGCUACGGAGAACAGUAAAACUGUCCGAGAACCUGCGUCCACACCACCUUCCUUAUGGAACGGGCCAGGAGGCUCCAGUGGAACACCAAGUCAGUUAAAUGUGGGGACCCCUACUUCAGGUUCCAAGGGCCCUAGCCCCUUCAUGGUGCGCAGAGGUACAAAGAAACAAGCACCUGCACCUCCAAAAAAUCCUGUGCCUGGUACACUUCAGAACGUUAAGUCAGCUGCUAAUCAGUACCAGUCCGCAGCCGUGAGCAUAAGCACCCCUCAGUCUGUCAUCGCGCCUCGUCGCAGCAACCAGACACCGAUACAGGCUCCCAGCCACCCUCCACCACAACCUCCUUCCCAGAGCAUGGAAGAACCAGACCUGUCCCCUCCCAGAACCCCCACACCACCAGAUACACCACCUCACGACGGCUCCUACCCGACUGGAUCCCUUCAAAGGCCCAGACCAACCCCUCGACCGCGACCCAAACCCACUGUCCCGCCACCACCCCAGCCAACUAGUGAAGGUGCCAACGGUGUUUGUAUUUCUGGAUCCAAGAUUGUCUCGGAUGUGUGAUCCACUGCUUCUGAGGUGUGAUUUGAUUGACAGAUGGAGAAGUUGCUCUUAUGGAAGCAGGGCUGGACCUUGUCCAUGAGCUAGAAGAGGAUCAAGCUGAAGAAACAUCCCCAGAAGCUGAACACCAAUCAGAAAGCACCGCCCUGUGAGGGAGGAGGAGCCUACUCUUCACACUGCUAAUCAAGGUCUACGUUCGGUAUGGAAUACAAGCAUACUGCAUAAUCUAUACUGCCAAAAAAAAAAUUUAAUCGUAUAUAAAACAGUAUGCAAUAUGCAUUGAUAAAUGUUUUAUGAUACAUUGUCACAUGACCUCAACACAAUGCAAGUUUAAUACAGCAAAUAGCAUCUAGUUCUAAUCUUGGAAACAAAUAUGAAUAUUUUGCACUCAUUUACAUGUAAAACAAUUAUAAAUUCUCAUUUAAAUGCAUACUGUGCAUAGUCUAUAUACUGUAUACUGCAGAAAUAAGAGUAGUAUGCUAGUAUGCUAUUCCGAACAUAGUCCUUUUCUUUAACCUUAGCUCUUAUCCUUGCUAAAAACCCUGUUGAAAAUUAUAAAUCUACAUAAACAAGAAAAAAACAAAACUCACCACUUUUAUAAGCACUGAAGCUUUUUUUUUUUUUAGAAGAGAUCCUUUUCCUCCCAAUGCUGGCACAUUGUAACCAUAUAUGAGGAAAGAAUCAGUACGCACAUGUUAACAUGCUAUACAAUAUUAUUUUCUAUCCCACAUACAGUAGCAUACUGCGGCCACUGGUUUGGGUUUAAAUGCAAAUAUGAAUGUAUUUGAGUUUUGUCAUUUAGUUUGCUGCUCAAGCAGACGUUAUUUGUGCCUUGAAAAUGUACCAAAUCGGCAAAAUCAAACGUAUUACAGUGAAUGUUGCUUAUUCAUAUUUAAUUGCAAUGCUUCAUGUUUUCUUUUUACUACUUUUUGUUCCUAUAUAAAAUGCUUGGCAGGAUAUUUGUAGACCAAAAAUUAGACAAAAGUACAAAAUAAUAGUUAUCACAAUGAAAAAAAUGUAUACUUGAUGUUUCAGAGGCACACAUGCAAUACUGACUGUAUGCUGUUUUUACAGAGUUUAUCAUAGUGGAGUAUUUACUACUAUACAUACUUUCCUCCAUCUGAUAUUUAUGUAGUAUUCGCUCCAUUAAAAUAAACCCUGUACCUACUAACGUGAAAUGUAUUAUUCUCAAAAUGACCAAAGACAAUGCUGUUUUUCAAGUGUUAGAUUCUCUUUACUGUAUAAGAAUAGGUGUGUGCUUCAUGUUGCACAGUAUGCAAUGCAAAAACAGCACCGACAACAUUAAUGUGAAUGGAAAGGUUUAUGGAUCAGUUUAAACUCAGGAAACGGUCAGCUAGAAAGCCAAACGCAAUUCAGCACUUUCAAGGUGGGGAUCUAUAUUUCUGUGGAUUUGUUAUCUUUACGGAUUUUAAAAGGCUUUCUUAACUGUACAUAUUGGUUUCGUGUCUCCCCAUUUUGUUCUCAGUUGUGCAAAUAUCCUGCAACUGAGGUUUGUUUUUUAUAACGUCGCUGCCCGAGAUGAAGAAAUGUGUUGUAUAAAUAUAUUCAAAAACGCAGCAGCUUUUUUAUCGAAUUAAAUGCCUAAUAAAAUGGCAAACAAUUAGAGAAGCAAAGCAGAAUACAAACGUGUUUUUAUAUUUUAAACACAUUCAAUUCUGAAAGAAUAUAAUAUCAAGGAUGCAGAUACCACUUUGAAUUUAACACUUAUGCACUGUUCGGUCAUGUUUAAUAAAGAAUGUGAUACUUCAUCCGAGUGGCUCGAGGCUUGCUUAUUUUUCCUACAUUUGCCAUCUCAACAUACAAAGACAUUUUGGACUGUAUUCAAGGAGUUUAGGCUGCUUGACACACACAAAAAAAAGCGACACUUGUGUUGUUGCCAAAUUCACCCGAUCAUAGGAAAUGAAUGGGUGAGACUAUAACACAGAGCAAUUUUAUUUUUUAUUUUUUUGUCAAAUAAUUUCAAUAAUUCAACCACAA